AUGGGUAUAUCUACUACGCAAACCACACGUGAGCACAGCUCCGUCUCACAGUUGACGACGAAGCAGCAACAACAAGAGCUCGACGUUGAGCAUGUCCUGACACAGCUCACACUCGAGGAGAAGAUAUCUCUCACAGCAGGCAAAGACUUCUGGCAUACGGUGCCUGUGCCUCGCCUAAACAUUCCUUCCAUUCGCCUUUCGGACGGGCCCAACGGUGUUCGCGGCACAUGCUUCUUUGACGCUGUACCUUCGACUUGUCUUCCCUGUGGCACUGGUCUCGGCGCCACUUUCGACAAAGACUUGCUCCAAAGGGUUGGAGGCCUGUUAGCGGAUGAGUGUAGAGCCAAGGGCGCUCACAUGCUGCUCGGCCCCACAAUCAACAUUCCCAGAGCACCCCUUGGAGGUCGUGGCUUUGAGUCUUACUCGGAAGAUCCAUAUCUUGCUGGCAUCCUCGCAGGGCACUAUGUGCAAGGUGUCGAAGAGAAAGGCAUUGUCGCAUGUCUCAAACACUUCGCCUGCAACGACCAAGAAGACCAACGCAUGGCUUUCAACGCAAUCGUCACCGAACGAGCUCUAAGAGAGAUCUACUUGGUGCCUUUCCAGAUUGCCCUCAAGCACUGCCAGGCAGGUGCCGUCAUGACAGCAUACAACCAGAUCAACGGUACUCACGCUGCCGAGAAUGAACACAUCCUCAAGGACAUUCUUCGAGGCGAAUGGGCUUGGGAUGGUCUUGUAACAAGUGAUUGGUUUGGUACCUACAGCACGACAGAAGCAAUCAAGGCUGGCCUUGACCUGGAGAUGCCUGGCCCGUCACGCUGGCGGGGAGAAGCCUUGAUGCACGCCGUUACAGCCAACAAGGUCAAGAAGACCGAGCUCGACGCCCGCGUUCGCGCUGUCCUCGGACUUGUCAACUCAGGCAUUCGUUCUGGCAUCCCGGAGAAUGCACCCGAACUUCAUCUCGACCGACCCGAAGACAGAGCUCUAGCUCGUGAAGUUGCAGCACAGUCGCAAGUUCUGCUCAAGAACGAGGAAAACAUCUUACCGCUCAAGAAAGACAAGCGCAUCGCUGUCAUUGGUCCCAACUCGAAGAUUGCCACUAUAUCUGGCGGUGGUAGCGCUUCCUUGACACCCUACUAUACAGUUACGCCAUUUGAAGGCAUCACAUCGAAAGCGUCAGCCGGUGUGGACUGGGCGCAAGGCGUCUACAGUCAUCAAUCUUUGCCGACUAUCAGCAAACACAUGCAGACUGUCGAUGGGAGGAAAGGCUUCACAGUCAAAUUGUACAAUGAUCCUCCUGAAGCGCAGCAUCGUGAGAUGUUGGAGGAACGAGUACUCACCGACUCUAAUGUCCUUUUCGCCGGGUUCAAUCGUCAAGAUCUCGCGUACAUCUGGUAUGCCGAUGCAGAAGGCAUCUUCACCGCACCCGAAAGCGGCCUUUACGACUUCGGUCUUGCAGUCUAUGGCACUGCACGUCUGUACAUCGAUGACGAGCUUAUCGUGGAUAACGUAGAAAAUCAACGCGCUGGACCUACCUUCAUUGGCUGUGGAACGGUAGAGGAGACAGGUACGAAAGAGCUUGUCGCCGGUGAACAAUACAAAAUUUUCCUUCGGUGGGCUAGUGCAGAGUCUAGCACCAGACCCAAGCCUGACGGAGUUGUCCUAUUCGGUCAUGGUGGUUUCCGCAUCGCUGGCUGCAAGCGCUUGGACUUCGAGGCCUCUAUCAAGGACGCCGCGGACCUCGCCCGUACCGUUGACCAAGUCGUCCUGUUUACAGGCUUGAGUGGUGAGUGGGAGAGCGAGGGUCAAGAUCGUCCACACAUGAACCUACCGCCUGGAAAUGACGAUCUCAUUCGUGCUGUCCUCGACGCAAACCCGAAUACUGUCGUUGUUGUGCAAAGCGGUACUCCCGUCGCAAUGCCCUGGGCUGACCAGGCUAAAGCCAUUGUCCAAGCUUGGUUCGGUGGAAAUGAGACCGGCAACGGUAUUGCUGAUGUGCUCUAUGGUGAUGUCAACCCAAGUGGCAAACUCCCUCUUACGAUGCCUCGUCGCCUUCAGGACAACCCUGCAUACAUCAACUACAGAUGUGAAGGAGGUCGCACACUAUACGGCGAGGACAUCUACGUUGGCUAUCGCUGGUACGAGAACGUCGAGAUUGCACCUCUUUUCCCCUUCGGACAUGGCUUGUCCUACACAUCCUUCAAGACAACCGAUCUGCAAGUCACACAGAGCGAGUCGUCUAGUCUCAACAUCACCUGCCAGGUCGCGAACGUUGGUGCCCGGGCUGGAGCACAAGUUGUUCAAGUGUACAUUGCUGCACCAAAGUCAAGAUAUGUCGGAAGACCUGUCAAGGAGCUCAAAGGUUUCUCCAAAGCAUUCUUGGAAGCUGGCGAGACGAAAGAAGUGAACAUUUCCAUCGAUCUGGUACAAGCAACAAGUUAUUGGGACGAGAUUGAAGACCAGUGGUGCAGUGAGGCUGGCACUUACAUGAUCAUGGUCGGGGAUAGCAGUGCUGCUAAGAACUUCUUGGAAGCAGAGGUGACAGUCACGAAGACGACGCAUUGGUUAGGCCUAUAG